UGCGAACUUUAUACAGUGGCCACAAGUAACUUGUCAGUUUUUCCUCUGGCUACCAUUGAUAAUCGAAAUCGGUCGUCCACAUUACUUAUCGGAGAAGUAGAAUAUGUUAUCAUCUCCACUACCUCGUUGCGGAGUCCGAAACUCCUCAGGAAAUCCAUUGAUCCACACAACUUUAGCAUGACUUGUGGACAAUAAUGUCCACAGCUGAAGCCGUUAAAGGUCGCACUCCCAUACGAGCGCGAUGUUCCAAGAUCACAACACAACACUCAAGACACUUUGUCCACGCCCAACCACCUUCAAGAAAUAUGUUCCCUAAGUCGCCAUACCGUCAUAUCCCCUUCUUCCCGCAAACACCUGCUGGAUUCAGGAUGUUGAACCCCUCGAAGAAGCCUUACUUUCGUCCCUCCAUUUUUUCGCGUCAUCCUUCACCGCGCGUCGACUCCCCUUCAAACAGCCCUGCCCGCGAGUCAGGUGCACCUGCGUUCUUUGACUGCAACGCACCUCCUACACAGGGCCUUCCGCACAUCUUCCAGCCCGCCUCAGCCAACACCGCCCGUGUAGGUCGUCCACCCGCGAAGGCUACUGUUCCAAAGGUCUUCAAGAAGAGCGCGCCCAAGGCUUCCCCCAGUCAAAUCAUCCACCCGCGUCGCAAACACUGGCACAAGCGCUUCACUUACCAUCUCACAGUCACUCGUCCAGGACUCCGUCGCAAAGGCCCCCGGUUCUGCAACCCAGCAAAGCUCAGGCGCGAAAAAGCAGCGUCGGCUCUCAACAACCUCGAAAAUGUCGCUCUCAAGACUAUGCAAGCCGGUGGUAUGACCGCCGAAGAUCGUAUUUUCCUCAAGCAGCUCGAGGACCCUCCGCCUCGAUCAGCUACGCAGUCACACGCUUGGAGAUGCCAGAGAGGUCGUCGCACGCGCUGAAGCGUUGGGUCCGCGGCGUGAGUUGGAGCACGCGGAGCGCGACCGCCAAGCUGCCCUCCGAUUGGAGGAGAAGCCACGGAGGCAGAAGGAAGAGGAAGAAUCCCGCCGUUUGGAGGAGCUGCGCCGUUUGGAGGAGGAACGUCAGCGGCAAGAGGAGGAGAAGCGUAGACAAGAGGAGCCAGGCGCAGACAAGAAGAAGCUAGGCGUCGUGCAGAAGAACUGACGCGUCUUCGUGAG